GCCCGCUACGGGACUGCCGUGCGCUCCCGUGGGGCGCGGAGUCUCGGGGCCGGCGCCGCAGGGGACGUAGGGCUCGUCGGAGCUUCCUUUGCUGCACCAUUUCGUGGACGCCGGGGCCGAGGAUACGAUGGCGGGAGUCUGCCGCGGGCUGUUCUGCGCCGUCACCUGCCUGGCUGCGCUCUGUGUGGUGUGGGCCACAGAGGUUUCAAACGUGACCACGACCCUAGCGCCCACCCAGCCGGCCGCGACGACGCUGACGCCCGCCUCGCCGUCCACGCUGCCAGAAACUUGUGAAAGCCACGACAGCUGUUUCUCCUGUGCUAAUGUUACCAUUGGUAAUGCUACUAAGUGCUCUUGGACGGAAUGCCAAGAUAAGAGUUACUGUUCAAGUAAUUUAACAUUGAACUGUACCCUGGUGAACAACACUAACUUCUGUUCUGUGCCUACUACCACUCCAGUGCCAACCAAUUCUACAGCUAAAUCCACAACUCCGUCUUCAUCUCCUACCCCCACACCCACUGCUGUCACCUCAGGUGCAGCAAAUACCACUUUGACUCCAACCUCACAACCUGAGCGGAAAUCUACCUUUGAUGCAGCCAGCUUCAUUGGAGGAAUUGUCCUUGUCUUGGGUGUGCAGGCUGUAAUUUUCUUCCUCUACAAAUUCUGCAAAUCUAAAGAACGAAAUUACCACACUCUGUAAACAGACCCAUUAAAUUAAUGAGGACUGGCAAUUCAUUUGUGUAACUCACUGAAACCAAAAUAUUACCUUUCAAGAUGUCCCACGUGGAAGACGCUGUUCCAGGAUCUUUAACUUUCCAAAGGAUGCAUAUAGGAUACUUUGGAGUAUCUUUGAAGAAAAAUGAGUUAAACCAUUUCACUCAACAGGAAUAUUUAAAAUAUUCUGCAUGAAUCCUUAUGGCUGUCUUCUUUUGUUUAAAAUGGCUGCUGCUGUGGGAUUAUGUUUCUUUCCUUGACAUGCCAAAUGUAACCUUUUGUAAAUGAUGGAAAAUUGUCCUGUUCUGGCAACCUCCUGUGGCAGUUUAAAUUUAGUCGUUUUAAAACCUGAAAUUGCAUUAUUUGCAUCCUAACUUAGUGGCCAGAAAUGAGCAGUGUGCCAAAUGAGCAUCAAUCAGGUUGAUUUGGAACUAUCAUUUCAAAAGUAGAUUUACCUUUAGUACUGAACUGUAUCCUUAGAUUAAAAAUUUGUGCUUGGUAAGUUAUUUUUUUCAACAUUAGAAAUAAGAUGCCACACAGGGAACAUUCCAGAUUUAGAGAAAUGAAACGAUACAUGCCAUUAAUAUGUAACAGGUUAUUGUUCAUACUCAUAAAGCACCUUAUUGAGAAAACAGAACAGUGCCUUAAGACAGACUAAAAGUUGGCUAGAGCUUAAAGUGUGAUAUGUUUCACGUUAGGAGGGAGGUAAAAGGUUGGUCUGAGAGUGUAACUGUUGAUGUGAGCAGUAGUAAACCUGCUUUUAGAUAACAUACUGUUAGUAUUUAAUUAAAAACAUGGGUUUUUUUUUUCCAGGGCUGAGAAAAGUAGGCUAAAGAAUAAUUCUAAGCUGAAAACCUUCAUUCACCCAACCUCCCAACAUUUUUUCUUAGGGCUAUUGAAUGGGCAUAAAAUUAUUUUUCCUCUCUACACACACACACACACACACACACAACACAAAUCCAAAUAUACCUUGAAGGGAUUUCUACCACACUGUCUUGAGUGGUAGCUUUACAUGAGACAAGAAGGAAGUUUGAGAAUCAUCCAUUUCUUUAAAUGAGACAAUCACUUUGUUUUCUAGCAGAUGUGACUUAUAAUUUCAGAAAACCUGAGGAUUUUAGAUGAGAUUACUCUAGAUUUUUAGUAAUGGUGUCCUGAAUGAAUACACUGUUAGUUUUGUUUCUGUUUUUCCUCUCUCCUUACCCUUUUUUUCUUUCUGUUGUUCCCUUCCUCCUCCUGCUUUCAGUUCUAUAGGAUAAUCAUGCGUACUUUUAUUUCUGUAGCUUCUUGUAAGCACUCAUUUCUUUUAGGUUUAGAGCAUUCUCCCUUGCCUUUGACACUUUGGACUAGUUCAGAGGCUCUAAUUAGUUGAAAAAUGGGCUUUUUUGGUUCUAGGUCAUUAUUUUCGUGUUUUAGUUUCUAUAGAGUAGCUGAGUUUAACACUUGGCUUGCAAUGUUUUAUAGUAGGAAAUGACAGACUGGUUUGUUUCAUAAACUGAAAUUCGUUUGUAUUCUUAAAAUGAAAAGCUACUGGUUUCUUUCUCAUUUGCUGGUACAGCUAAAAUUCGUUUAACUUGCACAUUUGUAUAUACACCUAAUGUUUUCAAGUGCCUUAAUUGUUUAAAAUCUCUGGCUUCAAAGGUUUUUGGGGAAAGAUAGGUUUACCUCACAGUUUUGUUUUCUUUAGUAAUAUUCUCGGUACCUCAGAAUUUAUAAUGGUGCCAUGGCUGUUUUUAGUGAGUGCUAAAAUUUAUUUGAAAAUACAGAGGAUUUCCAUUCCUUGAAAGGUGGAUAAUUGUCAUUUACCUGGAUGUGAAUCCUUGCCCCAUAUUAAUGUCAAAACAUGUAGCAUGUUUUGUGAAAUUAAUUUGAAGCUUCUGUAAUUUUGAGCACUGCUCUAAUAUAAUAGGAAGUUUUUGCAAGUCUACAAAUGAACUCUGAGACCGAAUUCACAGCCUUGCUGACUCUUUCCCCUCUUUGUUUAGCAAUUGUAGUAUUUUGAGCCAUUAAUGAUUUUUGGGUGUUUUUAAUCCAGAAGGUAUAUAGAAACCUUUUCAGAUUUUUCAUCUGAUUUGUUCCUGCAGAUCUAGUUCUAUCAGAAACCUUAUUUUACCUUACUGAUGUUUGUUGCACAAGCAGACUUUGCUGUACUUAGAAAUUUCUAUUUGAGUUCUUUAAAAGCUACAAAACUAAUCUGUAUCUGUACCAAACUGAUUUAAAAUAAAUGUGUUUAUUGAAUUAA